AUGCCCCCGUCCAAAGACUCGGCAACACCGCUGGACGCGGCAAUUUUGUGCCACAUUCGCACUCCAUAUUUAAGUGGUAGCGGUCUCGUUGGAACCGUACAAACGCGGCUGAGCGCAACACUCGCAGAUGUGCGACGGCUCCUCGAAAGUCUUGCGAGUCUCGCGCGCCAGGGUAAUGAUCGCAACGUCGGUAAUGCCAUCGGGUCAAGUGAAGCCCCAGUCAACGUUUCAAAGGAGGAAAUGCGUAAGAUUAUGUCGCAUGCAUUACAUCCAUUUGACUUGAGUGCAGAUUUCUCAUUUGUGAGGGGCGGGUGCGGCGCCAUGGUUCCACGGGAGCGUGAGAAAAGCACGCGGCUAGUGGAUUUAUUCCCACUAUUACCACAGCUUUUUAGUGUAAAUAAGAAGAAUUAUCAUAUCGGUUGGGCGAUGGAGCCGCCCGCACCUCUAGUGAGAAUUUUAGCGAGGUUGGAGGAUAUGGAAGUUUGCCGCAACGCCGUUGCCGUGCUGUUUGUGUCCAUGCAAACACCGGACGAGAUGUUGAAGGACCGACUGACGCUAUACCAAAGCGCAGCCAAUGUUGGGUUCUCUAGUAAAUCCGCUCAGUUAAAUAGUUUCAAGAAGUCUCUGAAUCUUUGGAAUUGCAACGUACGCGAUUGUUUUGGGCGUACCGUUCUCCAUGAGUCCGUCUACCACGGGAAUAAGGAAGUAGUGGCACAUUUGUUAUCGCUACCAUUCAUACACACCAACGAGCAAGAUGCACAGGGUCUGACGCCGCUGCACAUUGCAGUGAGGAAAGGUGAUGAGCGUAUUGUGUCACAGCUGUUGAUGCGUGGUGUAGAUGUACUCCUACAAGAUGCAAGCGGGGAUACGGCACUCCACACCGCCCUAAGACUUCGGGAUAGUAGGCUGGUAGAGUUGCUCUGUCAGUGCUUGCGUGAGGCGGGCAUUGGUGCAGAGAAGCUGAGUCAAUAUCGAAAUAAACGUGGCCUUUCACCUAGCGAUGUCUUUAAACUCCGCUGGCCUACAUUUUUUCAGUUGUGUGCGGUGGGCGACGUGCAGGCAAUUCACACCUUGUAUAAUCACUACCUAUUCAAGUGCGAUUUGGCACAUGCUCCUGACAACCUGUUACAUCAAUCAGUAGUGCACGUGGCUGCCGCAGCCGGUCACGCUGAUGUGGUAAGGUAUUUGCUUGACGAGGUAGGGUUCGGACGAGCCAGGGCUGAAUGCUUUAUUAAUAGCCGCCUGCAAACCCCACUGCAUGUGGCAGCGGAGCGAGGUGAAUUUGCAACCGUGAAGUUCCUUUACGAGCGAUAUCCCAAAUGGCUUGCUGCAAGAGAUAUUACUGGGGCGACGCCGUUAGUGGCAGUUCUCCGCAAUCGAAGACGGUGGGGGACUGCGAUAGCAGAGUAUUUCAUUACCGUUGCAUCGAGUGAAACCAUUGCACCCAACACGUGCGAUAAUGGUGGCAAUGGUGCUCUUCAUUUGCUGUGUGAGUUGGGUUUGUUUCACUUAGCAAGGUUGCUCGUUGAAAGUCAUGGAGCGGACGUCAAUCUAGCUCACACAGGAACAGUGAACACUCAUCACUUUCUGAGAGUGACGCGGCGGUCGAAGUCUCUAAUGGAGCAAAUGAAAUGGAAAUUGAAACAUCAAAAGACGGGGAAACAGGCGAAGAUGACGCCUAUCUUAUGUGCCAUUCGCGGAGGCCGUUGCGGUAUAGAUAUCAUAGAAAUGUUGCUUUCACACGGUGCGGCAACCCGUGAGGAUGAAAUUGUUGAACUUCUGUUCUACUUGGUGUCAAACGAACACUACGAGGUAGCCGAGCGCGUCCUGGCAAGAGAAAAUGUGAAGCCUCCUGGGCAUAACGAGCUGCUAUGCCGAUUCUGCCGGGAAAAACAUGUUGUUGGCAUCAGCUGGUGCUCUAAACAGGGCUUCCGUCAACUGAACGUCAUGCAGGAAAGCCAUCACCCAUUAGCUGUCAGUUCCGCUUUAGGAGAUGCCGCUGCCGUAGCUAUUCUUCUCGAGCACGGGGCAAACGCGAACAUCGGUAAGAGCGUGUUGCACACACCCUUGGCACUUGCCAUUAACGGGGGACACGACGAUGUUGUUAGGUGUCUUGUACGGGCAGGGGCCUGUCUUCUAUCGGCAGAUGGCUCAUGGAGUGCACUGCGCGCUGCUGUGAAGCGAGGGGAGGAGUUCAUAAUGGCUGGAUUGUUGGCCGAGCCGUCCCUCCCUCCAUCGGAAGUAGUGCAUGCGAUGGUGUUCGCGUUGCAGGAUGCACGUGGAAGAGGCGUUGAGAUCCGCGAGCGCCUCUGUGUACGUCUUGCUCGCGCACUGAACUUAGCUGAAUGCGGCGGAGUGCACCCAACGGAGUUAUUACACCUUGCAGCGAGCCGAUCCUGCUUCGCAGUGGUACGGGUGCUGGUGGACAAGCUGCUGGCUCUUCCACGAGAGGAGUUGGAGAAUAUUCUGAAAGAUGCUCCAGCGGCACCUUCACUCGCUUAUGCGCUCAUCGAGCCGAAGGCAGUUCCUUUGCCAAAGGGUGUGCCUAGUCGACUGUACGCACUUCACCCCUCACCAGCUCCCUUCAAGCGAUUAAUAACGUUGCGCACUUGGCAAGAAGGGUUGCACCACCGCCUGCAUCUGCGGGAUGCGUUUAGCUACUGUGCCAGUGCCCGAGAGGAGUCAUUGCUCGAAACUCUGCUAUUUGACGUCGGGCUGAAGCCCUGGGAAGGGCCUGAUUUCCGGGGUUGGAAUGCCGCUGACUAUGCCGUUGCAAGUGGACUAUACAAUUCUGUGCGUAUUUUACUCGUCUCAGGGUUGGCCCCCCUCCGACACCACCACGUGCGUAGCGGUACGUGGCUGGGAAUUCUUUGUCGCUCCAUGGUCACCCCCGCUGCACGACCUAGUGAAACUAAUUUGCUGUACUUUACUUUGAAGCGUCUGGUGUGCGCGGGAGAGACCUUGCUGAUUCGCCACAUCCUCUGGGAUGUCUGCCGGCGAUGCGAUGUCUCGGAUAUGAGGGACGCGAGUGUGUGGCUGACGGAUGUUCUUUUGUGCUGCGCUCGCAGCCGAAGUCUGGAGAUUUUGCACAUACUUACAAGGGAAUUUCGCGUCACGUGGGGCAGGAAGUUCUUUCCUACAGCGGAACCACUGUUGAUGGCAGUAUUAAAUAGUGACGCGGAGAUGGCAUUGUUUCUAAUGACACACGGCGCUGUCCCCACGGCAUUUGGCCCCAUUCCCAAAAUGCACGACAACGUUAAAGCUAGUUUCCUGCGGGAGGAGAGACGUGCUGUUUCCCCCUUAUGGCUAGCUGCCCGCCUUGGGGAGACCGCCAUCCUGCAGCAGUUGCUACAGUCAACGGAUCUUCUGUGCCAUGAAGCAACGCUGGACAAUUCCACCCAGUGUGGUGACAUACUCCAGGCACUUAUCGAUGGAGCGACGCGGCGGGUCACGAAGGAGCGCGACGCGGGCAUGGCUCGAACUAUCUUUAUGCUGAAGCGUGCUGGAUAUUUGGCCCUAACUCCCGACGUUGUGAGGUGCGCCGCCAGAAAGGGGUUGGUACAAGUGGUGAAUGCCCUCGUGGAUUGUUACGGCCCCGAUCCGUUUGUGGAAGACCUCAAGUGUGGAGGCUUGUGUGCCAUACAUUUUAUGGUCGCCAACCCGGAGCUUUGUGGAACGCUGCGUUCGUUGCUUGUUGCGGGACGCAGCACAGCAACUGAAACUGUGGGGGGAAGUGUGUCCCUCGCCUCCGCUAUGCUUGCGACACCAUUCAGGGUUAACCCUGUCGAUUACGCUCUGAGACAUGGUUGCGCAGAGGGGGCUCUGCUUCUUCUUUGUUUAGGGCUUUACGGCAGCGGAACUGUGUUUGCAAAGCGAGCCCGCACGUUGUCAGUGGUCAUACGCCUCGCAGUGCAAAGGAGGUGCACAACGGGGUGGAGCGGCUACACAGCUUUGCACGCAGCGAUUGAGAUGCAGUGCCACAGUCUGGCGAAGACUAUGGCUUGCGAAAUGGCAGCGAUUCAUGGUCCCAACAGUGGCCCCUAUGCAGAGAUGACUAUCAAAAAUGAUGACGCACCAUCUCUUCACGCAUUCAUGGCGUUCCACUUGCGUGAAGCACACUUUGGAACGCUUCUUUCGUCCGGCGUGCCUCCAGUAGUGGAUAUCUCAUCUCCCUGCGAUAUCCCGUACAUUGUAUGGAGCCCGCAUGCGUCUGAGGGGCGCUUCAGGGAAGCCGUGCGGGAAUCUGCCACGAGAGAGGGGCUGGAGCAGCCGCUAGAUUUAAUGAAAGAGAGUCUCCGCGUUGAGGUGCGCCAGCACAUGUUGUCCUACAACGAGAACAUCUUUUUUCGGAGCCGAUCGUUCGCAGUGACGGCACUGACACCGAUGGCGUGCGCUGUUGCCGCGGGAAAGUUGUCGUGGGUGCAGUUAUUUUCCAGUUGCGGAGUUUCCUUGACGAACGACAGUUCCAUUAUUGCCGCAAAGUAUUCUGCAGUUUCGACGCAGGGACGAAUUAAGGCUCCGCCGGUGUACAAACUCGUCGAUAUGAGAGACUCUAGGAAACGGAAGGCACCGAAAUCGGUGAGAAGGAAGCACGUUUGCUCCAAGGACACUGGCGCGUGGCUGCUUACUGCCUACGUCCACAAUCGUUGCCACAUCUCCCCCAUCAUGCUUAGCAUGGCAAUUGUCGUUGAGUGUGUUCGGUCGGGUGCCGUGGAACAGAGACUGCUUCAGCAGCUACAAAUAAUUCGCUAUCUUCUUGGAUCCGAUGAAUGUCCACUACGAGAGGAGGUGAAUCUGUUGGCCAUCGUAGCUGCAGAACUGCAACUGUGGGGGUUGCUUGAGGACACUGUGGUUACAUUGGAGCGGUGCCGUGCCGUAUUUGACCCCAUUAGCGAAGGGGAUAUACCGCCCUUUAUGCACAAUGUCGUUGGGAGUGCCCACCACGUAAUGCAUAAGGUGGCAAGAGUUGCACCACGGGAAAUAAUUUUACUGGUUGCAAGAAACUCAUCUUUCGUUCACGUCGAAGAGUUGUGCGACGCGAAGGGAAGGACGGCGCUUUACCACGCCCUGUAUCACCCGACUCCGGCUGCUGUUGACACAUUGCUGUCUCUUAAUGUUUCGGUGAGUAAGCGCUGCUGCUCUGGGACGGGGCGUACUCCAUUAAUGGUUGCAAGUAAACUUGGGAAGCUCGGUCAUGCGGAGAGGCUAAUGCGAAAAGAGGUGUUGGACCUUGAGGACAACUACGGCAACACAGCCCUCCUGCUAGCUGCGGAAGGGGGUCACAAACAAGUAGUGGAGUAUCUUCUCGCGCAGGGAAGCUCGCCAUCAACCAAAAAUGCUAAAGGGAUGACGGCGGUGAUGGUGGCGGCGCUCGCGGGUCAUGAUAGCCUCGCUGUUCCGAUGGUUGAGAGAUUCUCCGGCAUAUCGGACUUGUUUACUCCGCACACCACCAUACUGCACUGCGCCGCUGUGGGAGGCGCCUGGGGUGUUGCAACCACAGUUGUGAGUUGUCUGGCGCAGGCAGACCCCUUAGCAGUGGACCACUUUGGAUACACAGCCCUAUUUCUCGCCCAUGCAUUUGGAAAUGCGCGUGUCCUGCGCACGCUGCUUGGCGCUGUUCUCCACAAGGGUAUUACCGUUCCCUCUUCUUUCGUCCGGGAGCGUCAGAUAAUCUCACGCUCAUCGGAACUUGUGCCGCGAGGGUGGCUUAAGGGAACCUUGUAUUUGGCUGAAGCGGUGCUAGGCAACGGGCGGAAGGGCUCAUCAUCAUCAUUAUCAUCAUCACACUAUGGUCCCAUGCGCUCCAGUGAGACAUUGUACGGUCAUCGCACGUCCAUCCGUCGUAAUGAUGUCCCUUUGCUUCUUUGGUGUGUACGGAACAACAACACACUCGGUGUCCGUGUCUUGGGGGAGAUCAAUGUUGGUGAUAAUUGCUACGCUCUUCAUGAGGCCGCCAGAAGUGGAAAUGUGGAAAUGGUAAAACUGCUGCUGAAAUUGGAGGUGAGCAGCCCUGAUGUGUUAAAUGAGUCGGGUAUGCUUCCAUUUGAGGUUGCCGCAGUGCAUAAACAUGUGGAAUGUGCCUCUCUCAUAUUAUUGCACACCAAGCUGGAUCCUGUGCGGUUACGAGUGCACAUCGAUCACGGUGAUGAUCCGGACACCACAGCUAAUAGUACAGACAGUAACACCCAUAACCCCAUGCAACUUCUUGCAUCUUCUGAGAAUGCUGAGGUUUUUGCUGAUGUGGUUGAUUCAGUGCAACGCAUGAGCGGUGACACGUGGCCUUCAGUGGCGCAGCAGCUGUUUGAUACCCUUUCCACUCCAGGUCCUGAUGGCAUGACGGCGUUAGAGUUGCAGUUGGCUUUGGGAAGAGCUGCGGGGGCAUUACGGUUGGUGAAAAUACUUCAGCGCCUGUCCCUAGAUGUAGCAGGGAACUGUGCCUUUGCCGUGUCGAGCAGCAUACUUCAUCACCUUACAAAUGUGUCCCCUGCAGUGCGUGUGCUUCUCCAUGAUAUGUUUGGCCUCACGGAUGUAGCCAAAGGCUACGGAAUGAGGCGUCGCCGCUUCGGACGGCUGUCGUUCGCCGAUGUUAGACUGAUCGGCAUCAGUGCGCUGCAGAGUGACGCUUAUUGCGCGGCAGCAACCUCAUCCAUCUUCACUUUUGGGAACGAGGUCGGUGCAACAUCUUCACUAUUAGAGCGACUUCCCUUUGAGGUUCGUUUUGUGCCCCGUCCGUUCGAACGACGGUCUGCAGCCGAGCGAGCAAAGCUCAUCCGAUGGCUUGGAUCCUCCCUUAUACUGUCGAGCUACAAACAAUUAAGGACAUGCGCCCAGUUUGACGCGGUGGAGGUGGAGAUCGUGUCCCACCCAGCAGAAGAGUUCGCCGAACUUGUGGGUGAUCAUUUACACCAUUCAAUUUACGUCGACGGCGACUGUCAGCUUGUGGUCCCGGAUUUGAAUAUCAUCCUUGGGUUUGCUACCCGACGCGAGAAACAGCGGUUGCUGGACGAGGUAGAGCACCUCUGCGGUGUACUUACUGAUACUAUGCAGUCACUUCCCCAUCCUGCGCUUAGUAAAGGUGAGGUCAAGGUGGACUGGCGCAACUGCAACAUUGACGACGUGGAACAGGAGGCUAUCGAGUGCCUCAUUGAAAAUGGGCUAAAGAAGCUGCGGGUGUUCUUGGAGGGAAAUCUUAGGGACUGUCUUUGUGGUGUGAAUAUGACAGAUAUAUUAUCUGUGAAGUGUACUGCAGAACCCGUUACUGAGAAGGUACACAUUACCUUUCAGUACACACGAGAAGCACUGAAAAAGUUUAAGCCAUCCGCUACCGAGUUGGGAAGUACCGUUGAUGGACUGUUGUGCGUUGUGCGAUUUAGUGACGCGGGCAUGGGUGGUUUGGAUUUUGUUAUGCGCUCGGUCCUGUAUCCGGCUACCUUGUCCGACGUGAACUUGGUUGGCGUCAGCCGCAUCCGUGAUGCAUGGGUUGCUGAUGUGUCUCGCCGUGUAGGUCAGCGAAUGGGUGGAGAGACAAUAGCAUUUAAACUCCAGCUCGAAGGAAGUGAAUUGCAUGAGCUUCCACUGCACCUUCUCAAGCGUAUGAUGGCUGAUGUGACUGAUGCCAUAGCUAUGCUGAUGUCGCGGCCCAGUGCAAAAAAGCACCGAUUUCUUGUUUCCCAUAUCGUAGGUGAGUCUUUGGCUUCUUCCCUGCGCGCUGUGUUUGUUCUCUUCUCCACGAGCCGGCAACCAACCGCGAGGCGGGCACAGGGUAAUCUACUUAUUUGCUUCAAUGCCACAAUGACGCCUACCAUGUCAGAUAUCUACCAGUGUCUCCGCCGAAGUGCGUUAAAGGAUGAGGCCGAGCGCUUAAAGGGGAUGCUCAUGUCUAUUGUCUCAACCAUGGGUUUGCAACUCAGCGUUGCUCUUCCUGCAGUUCCACUUCUCAUGGAUGUGUUGGGUUCCUUAAGACAUCAAGAUACGGAGAAUGUUGUGUCGUUUCUUUCAGUUCUCUGUCACAACGACGGCUCACUCGUGUUAAAGCCCCUCAUCGAGGGUGUUUCCAUUGGCUGGAAAACGGAGCUUGGGCGGGUUGUCCGGCGACACGUAAGGCAAAUAAGCGUUGCAUUGGAGGUGAACGGGGGGGCGUCCUGUGAAUUGAAGGAAAACGGAACCUUUGUCUACAAGUGCCCGCUCAACUGUGCACAUGCGGGGUCAUACGCUGCGCAUUCAAAGGGAUUAUUAUCCGCACAACAGAUUGCAUCGUUGCUGCUUAUUCAAAUUGACGCGAUGGACCCCACAAUGCGCAGCCUCAUCAGCACAACAAAAGCCAUGGCCUGCUGGUCCCGAGCUUGUGGCACCUGCACGCGCCUGUUAGAUGCGGGGUCUCAACGCUGUUCAAUUGUAAUUAAGAGGCGUAAUAUACUUGACCAACCAGUUGGGCAAAGUGCAAGUGAUGCCUUCAGCUUCCGCGGCGGGUGGAGCGGGGUCAAGGUUAAGGGUAGUACAGGUGUGGUGCGAUUCACAGCCCCAACCAAAGCUGGCUAUUACCUCCAGCAUAUUUUGCUCAAUGAUCAGCCACUGUUUAACUCUCCACUUCGCAUCAGGGUUCGACCGCUGGGCCCGCAUCUGCCAAACACAAAAAUCCUUUCCACCUUCAACGCUGUCGUGGUGAAACGUCCGUUUCAUAUUCAACUGUUGUUGCAUGACCGGUACCUUAACCGCGUGGCUCACAUUUGUCCGCUUCGAAUUGAAGCGGUAGACGGCGGCGCGGUGCAUGUUGCCGGUUGGAAGCGGCUUCAUGUAGACACGGUAGAGGUGGAAGUAGUUGUAAAGGAAAUUUGUGAACAGUGUUCACUGCGGUUUCGGUUAUUGGCCCCGGGAGGUGCCGGAAACUUCGUAGUGGACUAUACGGUUGCGUCUGUUACCCCUGACACGUACCGCCAACAGUUUGGACCGGUGAAAAGCCGACUCAUGGCAAAAGGGCUGCAAGGGAAAACGGGAAGACCGCAGCGGCCGCCACCACCGCCCGUUGGAAUAAUGAGCAAAAGGCAAAAAAAUGAGUCACGGACCCCACGAUAUAUCUUCCCCCCGCUUAGGGCGGUUGCAAAAGGGGAGAAAAAUACAAAAAGAAAAAGCAAGCCGCCAAGCACGUAA